AUGUUUCCAACUCCUGAUUUAUCUCAUUUGACUCGAAAUGAUUAUAAUCAAAUCUAUGAACCAGAUGCUGAUUCAUUUCUUCUUCUUGAUGCUUUAGAAUUAAAAUUAAAUGAAAUUCUUGAACAAAAACCUUUUAUUAUAUUUGAAUUUGGUUCUGGUUCAGGUUUAAUAACAACAUUUGUUGCUAAACAUUUUUGUUUAACAUCAUGUCUUUUUUUUACUAUUGAUAUUAAUCCUUAUGCAUGUUAUUCAACUAAAAGAACAUUUCAACAAAAUAAUCUUCAUAAAAAACAUUGUUUAAAUAUAAUUCAAUGUAAUUUAGCUGAUCCUUUAAUUGAUCGUUUAUCAUCAAAAGUUGAUUUAAUACUUUUUAAUCCACCAUAUGUACCAACAGAAACAUCUGAUGUUAAAGAAGUUAUUGAAAGAACUUAUGCAGGUGGUAAACAAGGUAUUGAAGUUAUAGAAAAAGCUAUUGAACAAGCAAGUCGAUUACUUUCUUCUAAAGAUGAAUUAUUCAUUAUUUCCUCAAUUUUAUCUACUAUUCAAUAUCAUCAAUUUAUAGCUGGUCUUUUCGGUGGAAUUAUUUCAUCAAUUGUACCUCAUCCAUUUGAUCUAAUUAAAAUAUGUUUUCAAAGUGGUCUGCAAGGUUUAUAUGAAGGUGUAAUAUCAAAUGUUGUUGAAAAUGGAAUAUCUUUGGGUCUUUAUUUAUUUAUAUAUAAUACAAUUAUUGUUUUAAAUAAUGAUCAAGAUAAAAUAAAAAAUUUAACAUUUUAUUAUCGCACAAUUUAUUCAACAACAGCUGGUUUAUUAACAAUUAUUUUAACAAAUCCAAUGUGGGUUAUAAAAACAUGUCUUACACCUGGUUUAGUUGGUAUAUUUCAUGGUACAAUACAAUUUUCAUCUUAUGAACAAAUGAAAAGUUUCUAUGUGAACCCAUUUCAUACAACGUAUUUUCUUACAUCAGUUGUUUUAACAUUUUCAGCUUUAUCAAAAUUUAUUGCUGCAACAUCGACAUAUCCAAUACAAGUUAUAUGUACACGUUUACAAGAUCAACAUCAAAGUUAUAAUGGUGUACUAGAUGUUAUUAAGAAAACAUAUAAACGAAAGGGUAUUAGUGGAUUUUUUAAAGGUGUAGUACCAGCACUUUAUCGUGUUAUACCAGUUAGUUGUAUAACAUUUGUUUCCUAUGAAUUUAUUCUAUACGAAUUAAAACAUGGAAUUAUUUGA